GUCGGACUGAAGGAAGCGUCAUCCUUGCUGCUGUAGAGCGGCACGUCGGCCUUUCUUCGCUGCUCUACAUUUCACACAGAUUCCUCCUUUCGUGUCCGGCUGUAGGAGCACUAAAUGAAUGUAAACAUGGCUCGGAACUCACAACUUGUCUCCGCAUGCAUGUUACUUGUGGCCGCUGUGAGCUUAAGAGUUUCAGCGGAUGGUUUGGUGAAUGAGGAGGUGAAGAGGACCGUGGACUUAAGCACUCAUCUGGCCAAGAUCACCGCGGAGAUCGUGCUGUCUAACCAGGGACCGUCUGCCGUCAACAGCUUCAUAUUAGCUCUGGAGCCUGACCUGGCCCCGCACCUGGCAUACAUCGGAGCUUCGGUGAAGGGUGAUGAAGAGGAGGAUGGCACCCUUGAGCUCCAGCAGACAACAAUUCAGAGCCAGGGUGGGCAGUUUUACAAAGUCCAGCUGCCCUCCAGCCUGGCUGCAGGUGCUCAGCUGAAAGCGAAGGUGGAGCUGACAUACAGCCAUGUCCUGAAGCCCUUCCCCACACAUGUCACGCAGGCUGAGCGCCAGCUGGUGGUGUUUCAGGGGAACCACUACCUGUAUUCCCCGUACCCCACCCGCAGCCAGACCACACGAGUUCGCCUGGCCUCCAAGACCGUGGAGAGCUACACCAAGCUGGGUAACCCCAGCAGGAACGACGAGGUCAUCGAGUACGGGCCCUUCCGGGAUGUGCCUCCGUUCAGCGAGGAAGCAAUGAGGAUCCACUAUGAAAACAACACACCCUUCCUCACCAUCAGCAGCAUCACUCGGACCAUUGAGGUCUCUCACUGGGGAAACAUUGCAGUGGAGGAGACAAUUGACCUGAGGCACACAGGAGCCAUCCUGAAGGGGGCUUUUUCACGCUAUGAUUAUCAACGUCAGUCAGACAGCGGCAUCUCUUCCGUCAAAUCCUUCAAGACUAUCCUUCCUGCCUCAGCCCAGGAUGUUUACUACAGAGAUGAGAUUGGCAACAUCUCCACCUCCCAUCUGCAGGUUCUGGACGACUCUGUGGAGGUCGAGGUCAGGCCUCGCUUUCCCUUGUUUGGAGGCUGGAAGACCCACUACAUCAUUGGCUAUAAUCUGCCCAGCUACGAGUACCUUUACACCCUGGGUGACCAGUAUGCGCUGAAGAUGAGACUAGUAGACCAUGUGUAUGACGACCAGGUCAUCGACUCACUCACUGUGAGAAUUAUCCUGCCAGAGGGCGCCAGAAACAUCCACGUUGAUACACCUUACAAAAUUGAUCGCAUGCCAAACCAGCUGCACUACACAUAUCUGGAUACCUUUGGACGACCAGUGCUGGUGGCGACCAAGACCAACCUGGUGGAGCAUCACAUUCAGGAUGUUGUGGUUCAUUAUAACUUCAACAAAAUCCUGAUGCUGCAGGAGCCUCUCUUGGUUGUAGGAGCCUUCUACAUUCUUUUCUUCACUGUCAUUAUCUAUGUCCGCUUGGACUUUGCCAUCACCAAGGACCCCGCAGCUGAGGUGCGUAUGAAGGUGGCAUCCAUCACAGAGCAGGUUCUGACUCUGGUCAACAAGCGUCUUGGUCUGUACCGACACAUGGACGAAGUGGUCAACCGCUAUAAGCAGUCCCGUGACACUGGGGCUCUAAACAGCGGGAGGAAGACUCUGGAAGCGGACCACCGAACCCUCACCAACGAGAUCAGCUCGCUGCAGGCCCGCCUCAAAGCGGAGGGCUCAGACCUGGCUGAUAAGGUCGGGGAGGUGCAGAAGCUGGACGGCCAGGUGAAGGAGCUGGUGUGUCGCUCCUGCCAGGAGGCGGAGCGUCUGGUGGCAGGGAAGGUGAAGAAGGAGGCUUACAUAGAGAGCGAGAAAAAUCUGACCAGCAAGAGACAGGAGCUUGUGAGCCGCAUCGACAGUCUGCUGGACGCCCUCUAAAAUACCCCUGCUAGACUAGCACACAUAAACAGACACACACACGCACUGCUACAACAUACAGCCAGCUACUUGUACGUGUGAGAAUAAAUUAAAUGUGACUCAUUCUUACACUUUUUUUUUUUUUACCAUCCUUGAACCCAGACAUGGACUUUUAACACCUCAUCUUAAUGUCAGUAAUGGGUUUAUCCAAACACUUGUGCCUUUGUGCCUUGUGAUAACCUCGAGGUCACUGUGUGCUCGGCUCUACAGCAGCUUCAUCAAAGCUUCUGGCUUUUAGUUUUUGGGUUUGUUGAGCUACACUUAAAUCUUUGUCACACUUUGCUCAGACUACCCUGCAUUUUCAUGUUUAAAUCUGGACAUUGUAAUUUUUUUUUUUCUCCUACGUUUGUACGGUUAUGAUUUUUUUUUUUAACUAAUAGCUGAGGCGCCCAAGUGUUUUCAGUCUCUUGUCUUUACUCACAUAUGCUGUAAUGUAAGAUUGAAUCAUCUCCGGAUUUAAAGUAUAAAAGUCUGUUCCAAUCUUGUCUCUUUUGCACUUACAACUUUUUUUCUACUCGGCCCGACAGGAUGUUAUUUGGAAAAUGUGAAGCUCUGAUUCUGUGUCAUCCCAAAAGCUCUGUUGAUGCUCACAAUUCAUAUUUUCUACAUUUUGUAUGAUUUUUUUGUUUUGUUUUGUAAGUGGCAUUUUUUUGUCGAUGAGAUUAGUAAAUACGUGAUGAGAUUAGGUUGUAUGUGAGAAAAGACACGGGAGAUGGGACACAGAAUUUUGUGAAAUGGGCAAUGAUAUGGAAAGCUGUCACAUUUGAAAUAAAGGUUUGAGAAAUCGA